CAACCCCACUAACCAAACCCACUCACAUUCGUACUGUUUUCUUUUCUUUUUCUCUUUUUUGCUUCUGAGACCAGAGAACACAAAAACAUGGGUAGCAUUGAAGUGGCAGAGAGAACAACAGUAGGAUUAGCUGCAAAAGACCCUUCCGGAAUUCUCACUCCAUACACAUACACUCUCAGAAACACAGGACCGGAUGAUGUUUACAUCAAAAUUCAUUACUGUGGAGUCUGCCAUUCUGAUCUUCACCAAAUCAAAAAUGAUCUUGGCAUGUCCAAUUAUCCUAUGGUUCCCGGGCAUGAAGUGGUUGGUGAGGUACUAGAGGUGGGUUCAAAUGUUACAAGGUUCAAAGUGGGAGAAAUUGUGGGAGUUGGUCUUCUCGUUGGUUGUUGCAAAAGCUGCAGAGCAUGUGAUUCUGAGAUUGAGCAAUACUGUAACAAGAAGAUCUGGUCUUACAAUGAUGUUUACACUGACGGCAAGAUCACUCAGGGUGGCUUUGCUGAAUCCACCGUCGUUGAACAAAAGUUUGUUGUGAAAAUACCAGAGGGAUUGGCACCAGAGCAAGUUGCACCAUUGUUGUGUGCGGGUGUGACUGUGUACAGUCCACUUUCACAUUUUGGGCUGAAAACACCUGGGCUAAGAGGUGGAAUAUUGGGCCUUGGAGGUGUAGGACACAUGGGGGUGAAAGUAGCAAAGGCAUUUGGUCACCAUGUCACUGUGAUAAGCUCUUCUGAUAAGAAGAAGAAAGAGGCACUUGAGGAUCUUGGAGCUGACAGUUAUCUUGUUAGCUCAGAUACUGUUGGAAUGCAAGAAGCUGCUGAUUCACUUGAUUAUAUCAUUGAUACUGUUCCAGUUGGUCAUCCUCUUGAGCCUUAUCUCUCAUUGCUCAAAAUUGAUGGGAAAUUGAUCUUGAUGGGUGUUAUUAACACCCCUCUUCAAUUUGUUACACCUAUGGUCAUGCUAGGGAGGAAGUCAAUUACUGGAAGCUUUGUUGGGAGCGUGAAGGAGACAGAGGAGAUGUUGGAGUUUUGGAAAGAGAAGGGUCUAAGUUCCAUGAUUGAAAUUGUGACCAUGGAUUACAUUAACAAAGCUUUUGAAAGAUUGGAGAAGAAUGAUGUGAGGUAUAGGUUCGUUGUGGAUGUCAAAGGAAGUAAAUUUGAGGACUGAAAAUGUAUACAAAACAAAACACAUACAAUAUCGUGAAGAGUGUGGACAAGUUCAUUAUUUUCUUGUUGUGUUUGUAUAAUUGAGGAUUUUCUAUGCUAUGGUUUCACACCAUCCAGUGAUGUCAAUUUUUCAUGAAAGCAAUAGUUACAAAAAAUUCCUAUUUCGCUGUUCAAAAUGUUGAUUUUGUUGUGUGAAUAUAAUUAGAAGGAAAGAAAAACAAAAGGAUAUGUUGGGUGUGCUCACCAACUUUGUUGAGAAUGAGAGUCGUGUUUACUUUUGGUCGUGUGUUUACCUA